CAAUCAGGGAGUAAACUUGUUCGCAACACAAACUCUAAUAAUAAAAAAAAUCAAAAUCAUGAAGACACGUUAUGUUAAACGUAUAGUAAAGAAAAUUAUAAUAUUUGUCAUAACUCUGGUAGUCCUCUCGAUAAUUACCAUUAAAGUAGUGGAAAAACGUUUAGCUAAAGAAGAUGCUGAGGCAGCAACCGUGAUACGUAGAGCUAGACCGGCAAAUGUACACUCAGUGCCACGUGGUGUUCUGGAUUUAACCCAAUUUUAUGAUAUUAAUGUACCCUUUCGUUUGCCCGAAUUAAAGGGUCCCAAAAGAGAUUGGCACGAUUGGUCUGCUAUUAAUAGGGAUCAUCAUCGCACCGGAUUGGGUGAACGUGGCAUGCCUGCUUAUAUAACCGAUGAAACACAAAAAGCCAUGGAACAUGAAAUGUCUAUGGAUAAUGGUUUUAAUGCUUUACUAUCCGAUUAUAUAUCGGUUAAUCGUUCAGUACCUGAUGUGCGUAGAGAUGAAUGUCACAAAAAGCUUUAUUCCAACUAUUUACCCAGCACCAGUGUGGUAAUACCCUUUUAUAAUGAAUAUUUUAGCGUUUUGCUAAGAACACUGCACAGCAUAAAGAAUCGAACACCACCAGAACUACUGCGAGAAAUAAUCAUAGUCGAUGACUAUAGUGAUCGUGUAUAUUUAAAGCAGCAACUGGACGAUUAUGUGGCCAAUUACUUUAAGGAUUUAGUUAAAAUAAUACGACUCAAAGAGAGAACUGGUUUAAUAGGAGCACGUUUGGCUGGAGCUCGCAAAGCUACAGGAGAUGUUUUAGUAUUUUUCGAUUCACACAUAGAAUGCAACUACAAUUGGCUGCCACCUUUGCUAGAACCUAUUGCCUUAAAUAAACGUAUAUCCACUUGUCCCAUAGUAGAUGGUAUAGAUCAUGCCACGUUCGCCUAUAAUGGUGGUUAUCAGGAGGGAUCAAGAGGAGCAUUUGAUUGGAAUUUGAUUUAUAAACAAAUGCCUGUAUUGGAUUCAGAUGCCGGAGAUCGCACAGAACCAUAUCGUAACCCUAUAAUGAUGGGUGGUUUAUUUGCCAUAAGUAGAGAAUUUUUCUGGGAAUUGGGAGGCUACGAUGAGGGUUUGGAUAUUUGGGGUGCCGAACAAUAUGAAUUGAGUUUUAAGAUAUGGAUGUGUGGUGGUUUGUUGUGUGAUGUGCCCUGCUCAAGGGUGGCUCAUAUAUUUAGAGGACCCAUGAAGGAAAGACCUAGUCCUAGGAACUACAGUUUUGUAGCAAGGAACCACAAACGUUUGGCUGAAGUCUGGAUGGAUGAAUACGCCCAAUACGUUUACGAUCAUGAACCUGAAACUUAUAAUGAUUUAGAUGCCGGCGACUUAACCAAACAAAUUGCUUUACGCAACAAAUUACAAUGCAAACCCUUUAAAUGGUUCUUAGAAGUUAUAGCUCCUGAUCUUUUAAAAACUUUUCCACCAGUUUUGCCUCCAGAUUAUGCUUCAGGUGUUAUACAAAGUAUGGCUUUUCCGCAAUACUGUAUUGAUUCUUUGGGUGGCGCCAGUAAUGCAGCCAUUGGUCUGUAUGACUGUGCCGCAAAUAAAACUCACCCCCAUCAAACACAAUUUUGGAGUCUCAGCUAUAUGAGAGAUAUACGUAAAAAAUCACAAAGUAUAUGUUUGGAUGUUCAUGAAAGUCCUAAUAACGCCAGUAUAUGGAUGUGGUCUUGCCACAAUUCGGGUGGUAACCAAUUUUGGUCCUACGAUCGUGAGGAACAAAUGAUUGUUCAUGGAAAAGAAAAAGUUUCUUGUAUGGAAGCUUUCAUGGACGGUGACAAAUUGGCGGUUUAUGUAAAUCCAUGUGAUAAGAUGAAUCCUAGAAUGAAAUGGACCUUUGGUUAUGUAAAUGAUACAGCUUUCCCACAAUUCUGGGAAGGAGUAAACUUGGAGGAGGAUGACUAAUAUAUACACACAAAUAAUUAUCUGUAUCAUAAAAAAAAUUUUUAUAUUUAGUUGUUCAUUUUUAGUACAAGUCCUUUAAAUGGCCAUAAAACACUUCCUCACACAUUAAGGGAAUUAUCCUAAUUGUCUGGAACUUUAAAAACAUUAAUGUGUACUCAUCUCUGACAUUCUUUUGGCGUAUAAUAAAAUCAUAAAA